AUGGUACAGUAUCCUCGAACGAUUUGGGUUGUGAGGCAUUGCGAAAGAGAAGACAAUAUUGAUCACAAUUGGAGAAAAAAAGCGGAAUUCAAAAAGUUUCAUCAUGAUAACUCACCACUUUCAGCCCGUGGGAAAAAGCAAGCUGACGAAUUGGCAAAUAGAUUCAAGAAUGUGACCAUCAAUCAUUGUUUUGCUUCACCUUUUGAUCGAACAAUUGAAACGGCGGCUGCGAUUGUUAAAGGGAAAAAUUUGUUGAUUAAUCCGGAACCUGGUUUUAUUGAAGUGUUGUAUUUGUGCGAAAAGCCGCCAUCUUAUUGGGAAAAUUCGGAGCUGAAAAAACACUAUCCAGAUGUUAAUGAGAACUAUCUACCAUUUUUCACAAAGAAUACAUUGCCAAAAGAGGAUUUUGGAGAUGAAGGUUGUAUUGAUCGAGUUGGACGAACAUUAGAACAUAUUUUUGGAAAUUAUCAUGGAGAUCUUCUAUUUGUUAGUCAUGGUGCAGCGAUUGGGGCAAUUCAUGCGAAUUUGGUGAACGACUUCUUGUAUGUCGGCCAGGCGACCGUGUCGAAAUUUGUGGAAACGCAGAAAGGCGUUUUUGAGAUGAAAACAACGAGCGACUCGAGUCAUCUUUCCGAUCAGCGAAAUCUUCGACCUUGG